AUGAGAGACAUACUUCGUGUUCUGCUUAGUUUUCUUGCGAUUGCAAAUACAAUUAAUGGAUUUUUUUUCAAACGUAAAGGGCUACUUCUUGUACCAUCGGUAGCAUUUCGAGAUCUUUCAUCAACAUCGAAUUGGAUUUUGUAUAAUCAAGGUUGGCUCUAUGAAGAAAAUCCUAUACAAGCCGUAUUCAUGGAAAAAACAUUAGAACUUAUUGUUCGAAAAGAUCUAGAUCGAAAUCGUGUUAAAAUGUUUACUGCCGAAGGUGAAAAACGAAAAGAUAUAUGUAUUGACGGACUCAAUCGAGAAGUGUGUACGCGAACAGACGAUGACGGUUGUAUAGCAAAUACAUUUACAAUAACAAAUCAAGAAAUGGAAUUAUUUCGUCAGCCAGGUGAUAACGUACUUUUUCAAGUAACAGCACCAUAUCAAAAUAUUCAAACUAUUGGUGAAAUUUAUUUAUGCGAUGAUGACGGAAUAACAUUUAUUAGUGAUAUUGAUGAUACCAUUAAAAUAACACAAGUCACAUCAUCUAUAGAGACAUUAGUGAAUACAUUUAGUGGGCAAUUUAAAGCUGUGCCGGGUAUGGCAGAUACUUAUCGACAUUGGCAACGAACAUAUAAUGCAACAUUUGCCUAUUUAACAGCAUCGCCCGAUCAACUUUACCCAUUUUUACGAGAAUUUUUCGAUCGUGAGCAAUUUCCAUCUGGUUCUGCGCAUAUGCGACAUUUCACAUGGCUCGAUGCAAAUUUUAUAGCUUUUUUUAUGUCCUCAAAUUAUAUCAAGAAAAAAACUGAAACUUUACAGAUGUUCUUACAAAACACACGCCGCCGUUCAUUUGUCUUAAUUGGAGAUAUAUUUCAAAAAGAUCCAGAUAUUUAUGCAAGUAUCUAUGCUCAAUAUCCUGAUCGAAUUCCACGAGUUUUUAUUCGAAAAUACAAAGAUGACGAUCAAGGACAACGGAAGUUAGAAAAAAUAUUCAAAGAUAUACCUCGAAAGAAAUGGACAACAUUUGAAACUGGCGAUGAUUUACCUAAAGAUAUACAAUUUAAACUAAAAUAA